UUUGAGUUUAUUGAGUUUUUUUUUUCAACACCUGCUUCACGACGACUGCACUGCCAGGAAGAUCGGAAUCCCAUAUCAAUACGACGACACAGAGAUGAAGAUGACAAAUGCACCUAAUGUAUUGUAGAAAGUGCCAAGGAACAAGCUUUUAGUACCGCUAUCAAAUAAACCAAAGCCAACUCUUCAAAAAUUUUGAGCACCCAAAUUAUUACAAGAUGACGCUUGCAAAUGACGACAACGACUUCGCUGCUUCCACAAAAAUGAACGAAAAAACCCCGCUAAGCUCGUCCUCCUGCUAUCCCUACAAUUUUUCCUUCCCCUCUCCUUCCGAGUGGGAUUUCCGCGAUGGUGGUGUCUAUUUUCUCCGGCACGCGGAAUCUUUGGCAAACGUCGUCGACUACGCCGGGGGAACGAACACGAUUGAAGACGCGGGGCUGAGUGACGCCGGGAGGGAAGAAGCGAAGGAAAUCGGACGGUAUAUGCGGGCGAAAUUGCUGGAAACGGUCGGCGCGGGAGACAAUGCUGACGCAUCUAGUUGUACCACCGCAGGUUCUACUUCCCCUGACGCAAGUAAAAAGACAAAAAUUGCCCUCCGCCUAAUCGUUUCCCCGUUGCGCCGCACGCUCGCCACCGCGGAGCUGGUGUUUGGAGAAGCGAUCAAAGCGUUGGAGGAGAAUACCGUACGAAAAAAGUGUUUCGCUGUAAGGAUUUUGCAAGUUCUGCAUCACAACUUUGGUCUACAUCACAGAGAAAAUUUGCCAUGCGAGAUUCCUAAGGGAAAAGACAGCUAAAAAUCCAUUGCCUUGCAUGUGUAGCAAGACAAACACUUCUCAGAUGCAUUUUCUGCAUUACAAGUUCACAGUGAAGUAGUUUUUUCUUGCGAUAGAGAAGGAGAGGUUAUGCUCUCUCGAAUUCGCAAUCGACCCGGACAUGCGGGAAGUGCAUCCGAGAGCGUCCAACGUCGGGGUUUGUCCGAAAGUGAUUUUGUCAUCUGAAGCAUCAACAUCUUCACCCGAAAACAAAGUCACCAUCACUCUGUUCGACGACGUCGAGGAAGCGCAGCGGAAAGAGGCAGCGCGAGUUGCAGCAGCUGGUGAAACUGAAAUCGCACGACCGGCAGCAAGUGGACAACACGAAACCCUGCAGGACGCUGCAGCCGAGAAUAGAGAAUCCCCCUUCUUUCAGCCCAUAGCCACUACCGCAAUGAAGAAUUGGCGCAUGCUCGCAAGGGACGAGAAGCACAUGAUCGACGCUGACAGGUUGAAAAACAGCGAGGCGCGGAUAAGGAAUUACUUCUCUAGAAGUAGAGAAAUCGAAAAUAACAAACACGUCGACAAGACCACGACAGCCACGGAAGAAGUAAACACUAUCAUCUCCCUGACCUUCUGCGUGACCCACUGGGGCUACGUGAACGCGUUUGGGAACACGUUUUGCAAAAACUGGGCAUUGUUGGGUUCAGACCCGAAGUUGCAGGAGUUGAAAGCGGCCAGUUACGGGGAACUCGCGAGCACGGCAGUGGUGGUGGACGAGGAGGAAGAGAAUGAAAAUCCGGAGGACGUCGAAACUACUACAACUUCUUCGCACAAGAUGCAAAUAAAUCUGAACUCGAAUUCCUUGUUCUAUAGGAAGACGAAGACAAACAAGUACAGCCUGUUGCGGAAGGAACGGUAUGGGGAUCGGAUCUGGAGGGAUUUUGUUUCUCCGGAUUUAUCGGUAAAGGAGCCGGAAAGACAGGUCUUUGUGCGGCAAUUCGACAUUCGAAAUUGUAGUCUGACGAAAUUGUCGCUGAUAGAAAAAUGAGUAUCUGGUGGCUCCACGCUUUUUCUCUCAGAAAUGGUUUAUGCCAUAACAAGUUCUUCACGAUCACGCACACGACGACGCACAUAUUUUACUGUAUAAAAAGUAGGGUUAUUGGCUGCUCUGCCGUUGGC